AGGCCGAGUGAGCAGAGAGAGAAAAGGGCCGAUGAAGACAGAUAAACAAGGAGUCACAGCUGAAACUACAGCCUGGAGACUUUUCUCACAAGUUUCAAGUAUUUAUUUUGUGAGACGUUAAUCUGUGCAGUUUCAGGUGACUGCUGAGCUUCCCAUUAAUAAGGAUCAGAAUGAGCACUGAGGAACAGGAACAGGUGGAGAAGAAAUAUGACCCACUAGAUUCCACCCUGAAGUUUGUCGACAAGCCAGACGAUCUGGAUCCAUAUAGUGAUGGCUCUCUCAAAGCAGAGAUGUCCUGCGGCCACGCUGUCACUCCUGAAUCUCUGACACUUUUUUGUCAAAAACAGCUGGAACAGAGUAAUUACAAAUUCAGAUGUCCGGCUCUAGUAGACGGCACCAAACGGUGUAAUAAAGAGUGGUCGUACCAGGAGAUUCGCAGACUGGCUGAUCUGACUGUGGAGGAAAUGCAGAAGUUUGAAGAGAGCAUGGCCCGCCUGGCUGUCGAAGAAUACUGUCAGGUCCAGGAAUGCCCACAGUGCAACACAAGCGUGGAGAGGAAGGAUCUCUCUAACCUGUGUGUCAAGUGUGUCGUAUGCACAGCUGAUCAGAAGAAGACCUACCAGUUCUGCUGGCAGUGUCGGAAACAAUGGAAGAGUCCAGGCCUUCUAUCUGAUCGCUGCGGGAAUGACGGCUGUGUAAAUCACGACCUCGAACUUCUCAAGAACUGCAAGACGACUGACCUCCCUAAGGUUCGGGGGGUGAAUGCCUGUCCCUCCAUCCGGGCCUGUCCCACCUGCGGUGAGAUAGUGGAGCACGAUAAAACAGGCUGCAAGAACAUCAUCUGUCCUCGCUGUCACAAAGAGUUCUGCUUUGUGUGUCUGAAACUCACUCCUGAGUGCUUGAAGACGAGUUCUUACUUCAGUCCCUGCAGUGAUGGUGUGGCUCCCAGACAAACAUCCAUACCUGUGUGGUGCAGAAAGUAGGAGGAAACAUGGACUCUGAUUAUGUGUUUUGCUCUCACACUAGACUUUCCUUUAGGACACAACUCUAACUUUUACUGGCUGAUAUUUUCUUCUACAAUAUAAACUAUUAUCCUGCAUUUGGGUUAUUAUGUUCAAUGCCUUAUUUUAAAAAUAAUUCUGAAAAUUGUUUUCCAUUAAAUCAAUCUCUGCUCAGUGAUUGUUAUUUGUAA